GUGACGACGUGGACGGCUGCAUGGGCGUCAUGGCCAACACCAGCGGCGACAAAAGCUUGACCACCGAGGACCCGUACGUGCGGGCCGCCCUCAAGAGAGCCAUCGUCGAGCUGUACGACACCUACCACCGGCUUCUGUCGUGCAAGGUUGGCGAGGCCGGGGUGGCUUGUUGCUUCUUGCUCUCAAAUUGCUGCACGAUGGACGGUGCGUGAUACUUGUCGAGGAGGGAUGAGGCUCCGAACCGUGAGAGGCCCGCCUCAAAUGCCUGGGUGCUGGUUAUGUUUCCCCCCGCAUUGGGGGGGAUACUAGCUUAUGUCGGAACACCCCUGUCGUACAGUACGUUCCCAAGUAUAUUCUGAGUGCGUGUUAGCUUCCCCUAGGGUGCGUCAAUGAAUAAAUUUGUGUUACGGGCCGUUCCGUGUAAGAUUGCCCCGAAGCGUGUUUCGGGGGGCGUUGUGCUGGGCAGCCUCCCUUGGGUUGGAAACAAUCCUCAGACUGAUGCAACACGCUGCCGUGUUGCUCCAUCCACGCUG